UUUACAUCUGCCGGAAAUAGUUUUGACAGGCACGGAACUGUCACACGUAUGGACUCGCGAGGAUUUUCACCCAGCGGUGCGCCGCCGUCUCAAUCCCCGGCUGCUCAAUGUAGAUUAGCUGGCGGCGCGAGGCGCGCACGUAACAAAAUGUAAAUGCGAUUAGCGCCCAACACGCAGUAGCGAGCCAAAUUCUCAGUGCAACGGACAUGUGCGCCUAGCGGUACACGCCGUACACGCAACUCGCGCGCACAUCGAACGGUAACACAACAAGACAAAAAGAAGUGAUUAAAAAGUGUACAUCGCCAUCAUGUGCUGGGAAACGACGGCGGUGAUCGAAUGGACCCACGAAGACGUCUUCCAAUGGCUGGAGCAGUUGGAGUUGAGCGAGUGCUCUCGGAAGGACCUGCAAAGCCAACGACUCGACGGUCGGUGUCUGCUCGCAAUCAACGACGCAGACUUCCGGCUUAGUCCAGUCGACCAACUAGGACUUGCAGAUCGAAAACGACUAUAUCUAGCGGUGAAAUCUCUCCAAAGAGAUAAUCUAUCAGCAAUGGUGCAGCUAGGGCUAGCACCUUGCGAGAACAAAUUCCAUCCGGUGGCUGUACAUGCUGUUUCCUAUGGUGGCGCGAUGAAGACCGAUAGCGAAUACUGUGAGUCAGAACGUGUGUCUCCUCCGGUAUCGGAAGACGGGCGUGUUACCAGGCUGAAACCCGAGAUGGGCAAGGCGUUCCUCAGUUUUUGCUAUGUGGUGUUCGUCACAUGGAUCACCGCCUUCGUGAUGGUGAUCGUCCACGACCGCGUGCCCGAUAUGAAGAAGUAUCCGCCGCUGCCGGACAUUUUCCUCGACAAUGUGCCGCAUAUUCCUUGGGCUUUCGACAUGUGCGAAGUCACCGGCACGUUUUUGUUUACCAUUUGGCUGAUAGUACUGUUAUUCCAUAAACAUAGGUUCAUCCUGAUGAGAAGAUUCUUCGCGCUGUCCGGCACCGUGUUCCUGCUGCGCUGCGUGACAAUGCUCAUCACAUCGCUGAGUGUCCCCGGCGCCCAUCUACAAUGCGAGCCUCGUAACUAUACCAUACAAGGCACGAAAUUCGAACAUUUGGUGUUUAAAAUUUCGCAAGCUUAUUUCAUUUGGCGUGGCGCAGGGAUGUCCAUCCAGGGAGUACGUACCUGCGGCGACUACAUGUUCAGCGGGCACACCGUCGCACUCACCAUGCUCAACUUCUUCAUCACUGAAUAUACUCCAAGACACUUAUAUUUCCUACACACGCUCACGUGGAUAAUGAACAUGUUCGGCAUCUUCUUCAUCCUUGCCGCACACGAGCACUACUCCAUCGACGUCUUCGUGGCGUUCUACAUCAGCAGUCGUCUUUUCCUCUACUAUCACACUCUGUCCAAUAAUCAAGCGCUGAUGCAGCGUGAUUCAACACGGACGCGUAUUUGGUUCCCGCUUUUUUCCUACUUCGAGUCCGAGGUGGACGGCAUCGUUCCCAACGAAUUCGAAACGCCUCGCGAGAUUUUGCUCAACAUUGUCGCUUUUUGCAAGCGCAAACUCAACGUGUAUAAGGUGUACGAGGCUAUCCGGCGGCGCGGUGAAGAAGUGCAGAGUUCACAACCUCUGCUGCAGAAUAGCACAUCAUCGAUGGCGACUUGCGCCGAGGCGAAAAAGACGAAAUAACAGUACCGUCGAUUAGGCUUUUCAAAUUUAUUUAUUGAUUGAUACCAAAACUCACGCCAAUGAUGCAAUCGCAUGAUAUGAUCACUUUACGCGUCAGACUAAUCAUUUUAGCAAAUAAACGGUUGUUUGUCGCACGGUGCGCAAUAUAAACGAAAAAAACAAACAGAAAGACAGCAUGAUACAUGAGUAAGAUGAUAGGCAAAUAGCGUUGUUUGUGCUUUUCAAAGAGUCUAAAAAAUAUUUUGUACAAUUGUUAAGUAUGUAAAUAAGCCGUAAUUGAGCACACGUUGUUGAUGCGUUGAUGUCGGUUAAGGAUAACUGCCAAAGUAUUCGAUUAUAAGAAGGGUUUGUUGAUGAAGAUGGUUCCAAAGCUCGAUUUCCAUUUAUUCGUGAAAUGUUUUCCAGUAGUUUGUUGUUUUCCAUUGAAACUUGAAAACAUUCAUUAAGUAAAAGUAGUUAAUGAUUGUGUUUGGGUUGUAAAUUGUAAAGUACCAAAAAUGAAAUUUAGACUGUAAGUCAUAUUAGGUCAUUUAGGAAGUUAACACGUGGUGAAAUCUUAUGAUGUUGAUAGUGGUUAGAGCAUGUACAAUCUAAAUUUUUGCGUCUUCCUUAUUUAUUAAUUAAUGUUUACCAAUUUAGCGAUACUCAAUUUUUAACUCGUUAAUCAAACGAUCGAUAUAGGAUUUCCAUAGAGACCUGAAAGACAUCUCAGUGCACAACUUAUAGUGUUAGGACAAAUAUUGUUGUUUCUGUUGUUAAAUUUCCAUUAUUUCGUGUUUAAUUUGUUAUUUCUGUAGUAAAUUGUAGGAUUUAUUACCUUGUGUGGAAUUGUGUCGGAGAGAAUCAUGUAAUAUGCAAAUGCAAACAAAAUGCAAAACGCACGUAAUUGUAAUCCAAUGAUGCAGUAUGAUGGUGUAUUUAAUUAUUUAUACAAAUCUAAUGAAUAUUUUUACAUUUUACAUGGUUUAAUGUACAUAAUUGUAGAGUGAGCAAUUGCGAUGCGUUGAAAUGGUUUGAAAUAAAGAUAUUUGUAUAUUUUUUUAUAUAUAUAAAAAUAA